UCUCUUCGCCGUCUCGAGAGCUUUAAAUCAUCCGUGUCACAAACAACGCAUUGUUGCCACCAUGCAUUGUUAACUUUCGCACAAUGGACCCGGAAGAAUUCGCCAACACGACCACAGACAACGACACAGAUUUCGGAAGCGAACUUCAUUACACUCCGCCCUCAAAUGUGGUUCUGGUUCCGGCCGUCGUGGUCAAUCUGGGUUCAAUCGUGGCCGACGUGCUCAUGAUUUACUUGAUAACGAAAUUCAAAAAUUUGCACACUAUUGCGAAUUGGUACAUCGUGAGUUGGAGGGUUUGUAGUGUGCUUUUUCUGGCACUGUCUCCCAUCAAUUUCAUGGUACUGGCGCUGGUUUCGUACGUGUGGAAGGAAAUCGCUUGUGUGUGGUUCAUUGAGAUUUUUGUGGCUUACACAGGGAAUGUUUUGUUUGUUGUUGGGUUGACGGUGGAUUGGUACUUGUCGCAUUUUGCGUCCAGGCAUGUACCGAUGAAAAUUAGGAGUUAUUAUAGGUGGGAAAUUGUGGCUAUCUGGGUGGUGAUAGCAAUACUUGCUGUUUCGAUGUGCUUUAGGUGUGCUCUGAGCGAGUUAUCUAAGCUAGGGUUAGCUAUACGGAUUGUGUAUAUUGUGUUUGUUUUAACUGUUUAUGUUUUGAGAGGGUUCAAACUGAGAACGAUAAGUGUUGAUGGAAGGUCUAAUUUGGUGCUAAUUUUAGUGUUUUCGCAUGUUCUGUGUUGGCUACCGAAUGAUGUGUUGCUUGCAAUUAAGUGUUUUGAUGAGGAUUUACAUAUUUCUUAUGAAAUAUCGGCACUGGUAACUCUGAUAGGGUACAGUAACUCUAUUGUUGUAAUUGCCAUUCUGUACUAUUGCGAUAAGAAUUUUCAAACGAGUUUCAAGGCUUUGUGCAACAAUAGAGAGGAGCUGAGUAACUCUGAAAGUAGCUAUGAGAGUAUCGAUCUUAAUAAACCUGGAGAAGAUCGUUUGUUAGUUUAAAAUAGUGUUUAAAGUGGCUAUUUUGUACUAAUUUAAGAUGAAUAAAAACUUAAAGAAGUCUAAAGUA